CUGUGCAGAUCUUUGAAUUCUAAGGACAGACAUGAGCAGAGAAGCUGGGAGGAUCCAUUGGGAAGAAGUGAGGAGCUGGCACUUCUUGCCAUCAAGGGACUUGAAGGAGUUGGACUAGAAGGAAAAUGAGAGGCUGCUAUAAUCAUGUGAAAAAUAAAAACAGAAACAGCAGGGAAGAGUAAGAAAAAUAGCAACUCUGAGAAGAGACAGGCAGACAAAGGAAGGAGGGCAAUGAAUAAAAUCAGUGAGAAACAAAGAAAGUGAAUACAGGGGAAGAAAAUUCGUAACUAUUCUGGAAGGAGGCAGCUGCUGGAGGCCUUCCUCUAUGAACUCAUUUCACAGUUUUCGAACAUCAUCUAUGAGGCAGACACUUGUUUGAUGUUGGCACUGGGGAGAGCACCACGCAGGUAAAUAAUGACAAGAACUUUCCUACACAGGGCAAGUGGGACUGGAAAGGAUACAACACCAUUCAAUGUGUCCACUGGUCUGGGUCAUGUCAUCACAGGAAAAGUUCAUGGUCCAUCUCCUUUUGUUCUCUUCAGAUUUCACCUGUCCAUUCAGAGUACUUCUUCCUUUCUCAUCUUUUAUUACUGUCAUUUUCCACCUUGAGACUCAAGAUUUUUCAACAAUGAAAAAUAAAACCAUGUUGACUGAGUUCAUCCUGCUGGGUCUAACAGAUGCCCCUGAAAUGCAGGUGGUGGUUUUCACCUUUCUGCUCCUUGCCUAUUUACUCAGCAUCAUUGGAAAUCUGACUAUCCUCAUCCUCACCUUACUGGACCCCCACCUUCAGACUCCCAUGUAUUUCUUUCUCCGGAACUUCUCCUUCUUAGAAAUUUCCUUCACAAACAUCUUCAUUCCCAGGGUCCUCAUCAGCAUCACAACAGGGAACAAGAGUAUCAGCUUUGCUGGCUGCUUCACUCAAUAUUUCUUUGCCAUAUUCCUUGGGGCAACAGAGUUUUAUCUCCUGGCUGCCAUGUCGUAUGAUCGCUACGUGGCCGUAUGUAAACCCCUGCAUUACACAACCAUGAUGAGCAACAGAGUGUGUACCCAGCUGGUUCUCUGCUCUUGGCUGGCUGGGUUAAUGGUUAUUAUAGUACCAAUCACUCUGAUGAGUCAGCAGGACUUUUGUGCAUCCAACAGGCUGAAUCAUUAUUUCUGUGACUAUGAGCCCCUGCGGGAACUCUCCUGUUCAGACACAAGUCUCAUAGAGAAGAUUGUCUUUUCUGUGGCAUCUGUGACCCUGGUGGCCACUCUGGUGCUAGUGGUUCUCUCCUACACAUUCAUCAUCAGGACAAUUCUGAAGCUCCCCUCUGCCCAGCAAAGAACAAAAGCCUUUUCUACUUGUUCUUCCCACAUGAUCGUCAUCACCCUCUCUUAUGGAAGCUGCUUCUUUGUUUAUCUUAAGCCCUCAACAAAAGAACCAGGCACAUUCAACAAGGGAGUAGCCCUACUCUUUACUUCAGUUGCACCUUUGUUGAACCCCUUCAUUUACACUCUAAGGAACCAACAGGUAAAACAAGCCUUCAAAGAUACAGUCCAAAAGCUUAUGAAUCUUUACAGAAUUUCAGAAUUAAAGCCUUAGUGGAUGAGUCCUUACUGUGUACCAAGCUGUCUGCCAAUUACUAGGGAUCCAAAAAAGAGUUAAAUUCCAAUGAGAGAG